AUGAACGUUGCGCAUCGACUUGAGUGCCCGUUUGCAAUUCGAUACGGAAAAGCUCACUGUAAAGGCAGAGUGAACUGUUCAGUGUUGAUCAAAACUAUGAAAAUUUACCUCACUGGUCACGGUGGUGAUAGUUUCCUGAAAUUUCAAGACGCUGAAGAGCUGACAAACGUCGAUUUAGCGUAUGCCAUACAGACGAUGUAUGAGGAUAAC